AGAGUAGGAACCUCCCAAAAGAUGUGUCGUCUCCGCCAUCAUUUCCCUGUACAAGCAUCCACUUCGUCUUCUCCCAUCUUUCCCUUCGAUAGAACCUUCACAAUCUCUCGUUGUCUCUUCGCUUCUCUUUGUUUAGAUUGGAGCUCCUCCCUCUCACGCAAAUAUGGAGAGGGUUAUCGUCACAGAGGGCCUUCGUCCACUCCUUUCUAAUCCCCAAGCCCGGCUCUUCCACCCCGUCCACGCUAUCAGAAGCCGCCUAUCCGCCGCCGUCUGUCUCCCUUCCCUUGGCCUCGGAGCUCGACCCCCGACCUCCUCCUUCUACGGCUUCAGCUCCGAGAAUAAGAAGCCAUCGUUUCCGGGUUGGGGGACUGCCGAUGAGCACGAAAGGCGGCUCCUUCACCCACGGCUCUGCAGAAAACAGAGGAAAGCUCCGUUUUUUAGAGCUGGCGCGGCGAUCUCGGCUGGCGGAGACGGCGUUAUCGACGAUAAAGAGAACCCCAAGUUCUUAGGCGUCGAGUUAGUGACGCUUAAGAAGAUAAUUCCCCUCGGGAUGAUGUUCUUCUACAUUAUCUUCAACUACACGUUCCUGCGCGACACCAAGGACGUCCUGGUGGUGACGGCCAACGGGAGCGGCGCGGAGAUCAUACCCUUCCUGAAGACGUGGGUGAACCUGCCCAGGGCGGUGGGCUUCAUGCUGCUGUACACCAAGCUCGCCAACGUGCUGUCAAAGGAGGCUCUUUUCUACACGGUUAUCGUCCCUUUCAUUGCCUUCAGGUUCGUCUUGUAUCCCCUCAUCAGCGUCAUCCACCCCACAGCGCUCGCGGAUAAGCUUCCGGCGGCGCUCGGCCCGAGCUUCCUCGGCCCCGUUGCUAUCUUGAGGAGUUGGAGCUUCUGCCUUUUCUAUGCGAUGGCAGAGCUCUGGGGUAGAGUUGUCAAUUGGGUUCUCUUCUGGGAGUUUGCCAAUCAGUGCCAACCAGGUCAACAUCAUUGAUUGGACAGUGUCGACCAAGUACGGUGUCAUCCUGUAAAGAUCGGGAUGAUGUCGAUCGAGUACAACAUCGCCUCACAAAGAUCGAGAUGGUGCCAACCAAGUACAAUGCAAUCUCGCAAAGAUCGGGAUGACGCUGAUCGAGUGCGGCACCGUUGUUUGGCGCUGUGGCACAAAGGACGCCCGAUGUCUACACGAGAAGUGAGCUCGCCGCUUAAUGGGUCGAUGACCAUAAAUAUGUCAGGUACGGUUGGUCCUCAGCGUAGGGUAUAAAAACCCUUCAUCGGGCUGACAUAGAGGGAGUUCUUUUGGCUCGUUUCCACUCAGUUUUAAUAAAAUCUUCGGAGGGAUCGAGUUAGGAAAUCCCCCUCCCGACCUCGACCUGUGUGCAAGAGCAAGCAACGAAGAAGGAGGCGACCGAUAAAAGGGGCAC